CGCGCUGAUGGGAGUAACACAGAAGGGGGAAAAGUUAUUGAUGAGAUUUACGCGUACGACCGGUCCCCGCAAUCGUUACGUUUACGAUUAUUGCGUGGUAGACUGAGUUUGAUCAGUUCAAAGGUUAUACCUCCGACAAAUUGAGGAAAACAGAGAAAGAUAGGUAACAGAAUUACACGGUACAAAUCCUAGUUGCUUCUGUCCUCGGACUAGCAGCAGGUAAAGAACUUAUAUUUAAAAUCAAAAUGUCACUGUGGGGAAAAGCACAGCAACUACCGCAAGAUGCAUUGCAGCAAGUACGUUCAGUUUAUGGAGAGCACUUUCCAAUCGAGGUCAGGCAUUUUUUAUCUUCUUGGAUAGAAGAAAAAAUGUGGACUGACAUAGAACCUGACAACCCACAAUAUGAACAAUAUAUUACUAAUCUUGUUAGAUCACUGAUACAAGAAUUAGAAACAAAAGCAGCUUCUUUAAACACAGAUGACAUGUUUCUAACAAAAUUAAAAUUAAUGGAAGCUGCAAAAAAUUUUCGUCAAAGAUAUACUCAUAAUCCAGCAGCACUAUUUAGAAUAAUUAGACAUUGUCUAGGAACAGAGAUGAAAUUAGUAGCUCAAGUGGAAAAUUUAGGGGGUACUUUAAUGAGUAUGGCUGGAGGGAAAGUAGGUUUGAUUAGCGAUGCUGUUGCUGAAAUAGCUCAACAUGUUGAAUCUUUGAGACGCAGAACACAAGAAGCUGGAGAAGAUUUGAGAAAAAUGGAGCAAGAGCAAGAAGCCUUUGCUAUAAGUUAUCAUGAAUGUACCAAGCUGAACGCGCAUCUCCAGCAUCUUGCCACGCAACCACAGAAUCAACAAAAUUUGGAAUUGGAGAAAAAGAUUCGGAGGCAACAGGAACAGCAGGAACAAUUACUGAAUCACAAAGUAACUGGUUUAAUGCAAUUACGACUGACAUUAGCUGACAAGCUGAAAGACACUAUUACUAGAUUGAAUAGCUUGCAGUCCAGAGUAUUAGACGACGAACUUAUUAGAUGGAAAAGGGAUCAACAGUUGGCAGGAAAUGGUGCACCAUUCAACAGCAAUUUGGAUUCUAUUCAGGAAUGGUGUGAGAGUUUAGCUGAAUUAAUUUGGCUUAAUCGACAACAAAUUAAAGAAGCAGACCGUUUAAAGCAAAAAUUUGCUCUUGAACCACCAGGAAUGCAAGAUAUUCUUCCUGCUUUAAAUUCUCAAAUUACACAGCUUCUUAGUUCGUUAGUUACAAGUACAUUUAUCAUAGAAAAACAACCACCUCAAGUAAUGAAGACCAAUACUCGUUUUACGAGUACGGUACGGCUGCUGGUGGGUGGACAAUUAAAUGUUUAUAUGUCACCUCCUCAAGUAAAAGUAAGCAUUAUUAGCGAAGCUCAAGCAAAUGCACUCUUAAAGAGUGAUAAAAUGGCAAAAAAUGGAGAAGUUAGCGGUGAAAUUUUAAAUAAUACAGGGACGAUGGAAUAUCAUCAAGCAACGAGGCAGCUUUCCGUAAGCUACCGUAACAUGCAGCUGAAGAAAAUCAAAAGGGCAGAGAAGAAAGGGACGGAGUCUGUGAUGGAUGAAAAAUUCUCGCUCCUCUUUCAGUCGCAAUUUAGCGUUGGAGGAGGUGAAUUAGUAUUCCAGGUUUGGACGUUAAGUUUACCAGUGGUGGUAAUUGUACAUGGAAAUCAAGAACCACACGCUUGGGCUACGGUUACAUGGGAUAACGCGUUUGCUGAACCAGGAAGGGUACCAUUCGCGGUACCUGAUAAAGUUCCAUGGGGUCAAGUAGCCGAAGCAUUGAACGUUAAAUUUCGAUCAGCGACGGGUCGUUCGUUAACCGAAGACAACCUUCGAUUUCUGGCGGAAAAGGCGUUUCGCGGUGGAAACGCGAGUGGACAAGAUUACUCUAGUUUACUUUUAAGCUGGGCACAGUUUUGUAAAGAGCCAUUGCCCGAAAGAAACUUUACAUUCUGGGAAUGGUUUUAUGCUGUGAUGAAGUUAACCAGGGAGCACCUGAGAGGUCCAUGGAUCGAUGGUUACAUACUGGGGUUCGUGAGAAAGAAGCAAGCGGAAGAAAUGUUGGCAAACUGUGCGUCAGGAACUUUCCUAAUGCGAUUUUCAGAUUCUGAACUGGGUGGUGUUACUAUCGCUUGGGUUGGAGAUCAAACGGAGGUGUUCAUGUUACAACCGUUCACAAGUAAAGAUUUUGCGAUCCGUAGUUUAGCCGAUCGUGUGUCCGAUUUACAACACUUGCUUUACCUCUAUCCAGACUUGUCGAAAGAUCAAGCAUUUUCCAAAUAUUACACGCCAUUUACAGAAAAUCAGUCUACGUCGACGAAUGGAUAUGUGAAACCGUUGUUGGUAACGCACGUACCUGGUUGGGGUGGACCUGGUGUCGGUGGUCAAACACCGUCACACUCCUCCGUAGUUGGGGUAGGCGGUAGUGGUCAAAGUGGUCUCGGUGGUAGUUAUCCCGCAACGCCAUCCACAAUGUUUCAAGCGCACAGUCCUGAUCCGUCUGUAACACGCGAUACACCAUCGGUGGCUUCCAGCUACGCUACGGGCCUUGGCCAGUCAAGCGUCGGGCGAGCAAAUCCGGACAUGGACUAUGUGGAGCUGAUGGGUCACGGUGAGCUGCCCACGAUCGACGAAAAUCUCAACUUGGACCACUUUAGCUUCUCCGAGUUCAUACAAUCGUACAACACUAAGCCGCAAUAGGUAUGCCAGGCGCGAUCAUAUUUCUUGUACCUACGUGUCGACCGUGUCUUAACCGUCUUCGUUUCUCAAUUUUUCAUCACCUUCAAACAAAUCGUACAUAAUUACAAAAACGGAUGUAAUCCGUUCAUGUUUUAUCAUUGUUCGAUAGGGGAGGGAUGUAAAAAUGGUCUCGUAUUAUCGUUUACCUAUAAUUAGGUUACCAUUGUCUCUAAGAAACGUGGCAUAUCUUUUAAUUUUAACCUACAUAAGUGCAAUAUAUCCUACCAAGCUAUUGUCAUUUAUUUCUCCUCUUUUACAUUAUACGUAUGUAUACGUAAAUACGUAAUACGUAUGUGUAUCACGUACGCGUCGCGUAUAAUCGGCUGACAACGAGUGAAAGGAACACGUAGAAUGUUUACGUAGAGACAGCAAUAUCGUUUUAUAUUUGAAAACGAAGGAGUCGGUCGAAAUGAAAUU